UUUCAUUUCGGUUGUCUCGAGCGCGAUGUCGGCGACAAAGCCGUCAGCGACGUCAAAUCGCAACGAGAGAUGUCGGCGUAGCGUUCGUUCGUUGUGUCUGGCGUUCGUUUGUCGUUUGUGAGUCUGUCAGACGGUCGCGAAUUUUUUUCCGGGCGCUUUUUUAACCACUAUUUCAACGCCUGCUUGACUCCACGAUAAUUUGAUUUUUGACCGGCAACGUUUCCAGAAUUGUUUGUAGAAUUUCUUUUGUGUGCGCGCCCGAGUUUGCGAGCGUCCAAUCGUUUGUCGGAGGAAGUGGAAAAGGGAAAUAUUUCGGCGGCGACCAGAGGAACACACACAGUGCGUCGAAUUUUGUGCCGUCGCGGGAUUGUGCAAAAAUCUCGUUUUGUUUUGAUUGUGUCGCCGAGCGAAGGGCGAAGUGAGCGGCGCGCGCUGUCCGAGCAGCAGCCAAGUCCAAAAGUGCGAGAUAAGUGAAUUUUGAGGUGUUCGAAGGUCCGCGGACCUGGAAUUGGGAAAAGUGACGGAAGUUGGAAAGGCCCCCGGUGCGAGUGCACGCUUGAAGGAUUAAGUGCCGCAACCGGAUCGGAGGACGGGCAGCGCUCCUCCCGACUGUCUGGAGUGUCCUGGUGUGAAUGACCUAGUGCAAUGCCAUCGCCGGUUCCGGGAAAGUCUCGCCCUCGUCGAGUUCCCUCGUGCUUUGGUCCUUAGGGUAGCCGCCCGGGCGGUGGAGCAGCCACUUCCGGCGGGACCUCGGCUAAGUGCAAUUCGCCCUUGGGGAUUGCUCGGAUUGCGAGUGAAAUCCGCGGGAAGCAAUCAGUUGUGCAGUGAAACAGGAACGGAUGCAAAUAAUUGCGGCGCAUUCCUCUCCGGGCAGUGUGUGCUCGCGAAUUCCGUGCAGAAGUGCUUUUUAAAUAGUUUUCAGUGUUGCGUAAGAGAUUUCGCCUGCUUUGCGUGUUGUCGCGAGAAUUGGGAAACGGGCGAAAGUUGACAUCUGAGUGUUUUGUUGUUACGUAUGACCGCGUUCGGCCUCCACCCCGUCUUCCCAGCAAACUGUCGACAAAGGCAAGUGCUCCAGUUAGAAGUCCUCGAAUGCCUGGUACCGCUUUUCACAACCAACGAGUGCCCGCUCGACACCCAACCGCGACAGUGAAGAAAAUGUACUCAACGUCCCCCGAAUUGCUCGUAAAAAUGCGAGAAAAUGCUCCGCCAGUGGCCAAAUCCAGAUUAGUGCUGCUUCCGUUCUCGAUUCUUUGCAUAGCGAUUGACUAGAAGCUGGCAGAACAGCUGCAGGAAAGCUGUCCGGGAAUCCGCGGAGCGGGAGCAAAAGAUAGUGGCCGCAAGUGCCUCCAACGGCGACCACGGUCCUCGGUGCCCGUAAAAAGUGCAGAAAAGGAGGAUUUGAGUGAGUGAAAUACUUAAAAUCGGCCAAAAGUGUCGGGAAGCCUACGCCGGCGGAUCGUUACGAAAAUAGUGCGGUCGGAGUGCAGAACAAAUUCCUCGGGGCUCCACGCGAAUAUUUGACGGCCAGAGGAACGUCCCGCCGCGCGUUCCGCACAUUCGCUGAGUUUCUACACUGAUUUGGUGCGGACCCCCGUCUUGUUCCCGUGGAGCUGGUGCGAUACAUGAGUGUCGUUCGCGCGCCCGUGUCUUGAUCUAAUUUCGGUCGGUAUUUCGGAUUUGGACGACGAGACUGCGUUACUGUCUCCGCAGGAGCAAAGCGGUUUUUACACGCUCAUUUGGCUUCUAAAAUUAGCUGUUGUUUUCUCGAUCCAAGAGCGAUUGAUCGCGCGGAGUUCACGGAGCGGGAGCAGAGAGGCCGCUUCAUCUUGCCACCCCAAGCGCACCCAGAAUUUGACGCAGGAACCAUAGCUGCCAAAAAUCGCAAUCAUCCAUUCAACAGAACCUUGAGUUUGUCAUCUUUCCCCAGAGAGAGUUUGGUUUUUUUCGACAUGACGGAAUUCGUCACGCCCACCAUUCGCACGGUACUGAAAACGUACCAAAACAGUGCGACUAACAGUCUGCAAGGUCCCGGACAAUCACUACCCACCCAGAGCCCCACCUCCUCCCUCGGAACCAUAAUCAAAAAGGAGCCCUUGAGCUCUCCCGAGCCCAUAGACACCGUCGAUCCUCCCCCGAUCCCACUCCGGCCCCCUGAACUCCCCCAGCCCAUUCUCACGGCCCCUGACCCAGGACGCGGGGAGCUCUACCAGACUGAACUUGAGGGCAAGCCCAUUGGCUGCUUCCUGCUGGGCGGCGAGAUGCGCCUGUGCCUGCCGCAAUUUCUGAACAACGUCCUCAACGACUUCUCGCUCGACCAGAUCAACAGGAUCUUCGACGAACUGCGCAUUUUCUGCUCCCAAUGUACCCCCGGCCAGUUGAUGGAGUUCAAAGCGGCCAAGAUCCUGCCCGACGACGUGAAGGCCAGUGGCCUAAUAACGCGAACCAACGCCGAGCGACUGUGCAGCGCGCUCCUCCAUCGUUCUGAAAUGCGCGCGUCGAACAUCGACAUUCCCAAGGGUGCCAUCUCGUUCAAGGUCUACCAUCGAUGCUUCGGCAAAUGCGACGGGAUCUGCACUCCCGAACUCUACACAACUUACUUGAAUCCGGCCUGUAUUAUGUGCAUGGAGUGUAAUCUGAUGUUUACGCCGCAGAAAUUCGUGGGACACGUGCACAGACAAAAGGAGAAUCGCACGUGUCACUGGGGAUUCGAUUCGCGUAAUUGGCGUGAUUAUUUACAUGUGGCGUUCGAUGCUGAUAAUCGCGAGAAAUACGCAAAGAUGCUGGAUGAGAUGCGGGACUUGGAGCAACAGGAGCGACGAGAUGCGUGCUUGAAAAGAAAGGCGGAAAUGAUGGAAGAUCCACUGAUUAUCCUACCACCAACAUGUAAACGUGAUCCAUCGUUAGACAUUCCAUCAAAGAAAUCGAAAAUCAUCGAUGAAUCAUAUUUACUUGAAUAUCAGCGGUAUCAGGCGCUCCUCUAUGCCCAAGCCCACUAUGCACAACACGAGCAAUUAUCCGCAUUUCGACCUUGGACCCCGAAGCCAACUCUCCUUCAUUUGCCAUAUAGUACAGUGGCUGCAGCAGCGGCCGCUAACUUGCCAUAUCUAAGUCAAGAACCUCCCGUGUUGCAAAAUCCUGAACGUGUUGUUCGGCACACCGAAAGUGAACGUUUUGAGAGAACAUUUCAGCCAAAUGUUGCAUUGGCACCGCGCAAAAAUUUUCUAUCAAAAGAACGUGAACGCGAAAGGGAACGGGAACGUGAACGUGAGCGAGAAAGGGAAAGGGAACGUGAACGGGAAAAGGAAAGAGAGCGUGAGAAGGAAAGAACUAAUGCUGCCAUUACAAAUCUCAUUGAUACUGAAAUACAAAUAAAACAAGAACGGCCAAGCUCGCCUGAAAUUAUUGCACAAUCAUCACCUGAAGAAAUGCGUUUAGCUUCACCAACAAGCAAUAAUCAUCAGUCAACAAUCGGUCUUCAUUCACAUCGCCCGCAUCAAAUUCAUCAGCCACACCGACUCCAUUUACAACAACAACAGUCGCCCCUGAGCCAAUGUACAACAACAACUUUGUCGUCAGCGCUUCACCAACAGCAGCAUAAUAAUACGCCAUCAGCGCCAGUAAGCCCUGAAGAGAUUUCAGGUUCGAAUGAGAUUACCUCAUCAACAUCACCGGCACCGAAUACAACAGCCACUAACCUUAGUUGUAACAACAGUGCCCCCAGUACCCCGACACCCGCAAACCAUCAACACCAUCAGGAUCAACAAAAAUCGUCAACACCAACAGCAUUGAUGUUGACUACGAUCAGUCAAAAUCACCAGAAAACUGCCGAAAAUAACAAUAUGAGUGUCUGUGUACCAAGUCGUAUUCAUCACAUUAAUAAUAAUCUAAGUAAUACUAGAAUACGUUCACCAACACCGCCAUCGAUACGAGAGCAAUAUAAAUAUAAUAACUUAAGCGUUGCAAAGCAGCAUCUCCAACAAAGAAAUGUUCUGCAACACCAACAGCAAUCGCCGCCACAGUCGACAACAGCAUCAUCAUCGUCUACUUCAUCGUCAAAAACAUUGUCGUCUUCCAAUGUACUAGUUAGUGGUGUAAAUAAUGGAAGCAUUGGUGUAGGAGGCGUCGUUGUAAAGAACCUGAGCAAUGGGAUUUCGCUGGGCGGCAAUCCCGAGUUUGAGUUGUCUACCGACACCGACGAUGAUAGUUUGACUGGCGAACCAGAUAGUAGUAACAUGCCACCUGGCCCAUGGGAGUUGGCUUCUGACGCACUGAAAGACACUCGACCAAAUGAAAGGGAUAAAAUCCUUCACAUAAUAAGGACCCUCAUGAAUGAAAACGCGCAAUUGCGGCACUGUGGUGCAGAGAACGCGAGGCUUUUGGAAGAACUCCGAGUUCGUGAUGAGCAGAUUGCGGAACUGAGGCAAGAACUGUAUCAUAGAUUAAUGUUAACAUCAACAACAAUUACAACGAAACCCCUUGGCGACAGAAGAUCGCCAACCCCACUCAUAUUUAAUAAUGAGCAAAAAUUUGCUGAGACAUCCUCCAGCGUGGGUAGCGUGAUAACCAAGGCUGAAAGUUGCUGUCCCGUAUCGCACAAUGACGUUACAAUUACUCCAACGUUCAAUUGCAACCAUCCUGUCCAACGCCUCAAAUCUGAAACGGAGCCAAUCAAGGUACCGUUGAAGAAAUCAUCACGCCGCAGCCCCGAAGAUACUGUGGUCGUCCUCAAUCACCACCACCGCGAAGUUGGCGGUGGCGAUUCUAAAGUCCUUCAGGAAUCCAACAUCAACAAAGCAAUAAUACCAACGUCAUCCUCAACCUCAUCGUCAUUAUCAUCGAAUACAACGAUAAAUAGUAAUAACAAUCAACCACAAUCGUCGCCUGUAUCGCAGCAACCUUCACCAACAACCACCACACCAACGACGGUUGCAUCAUCAUCUUCAUCAACAGCCGACUCGGGUGAAUUCGAAUCACCUGCAGGAAAACCACAACAGCGUCAACAAUCGCUUCACCAAUCGAGCGGUGCAAGUAUUAAAUGCGAUUGAGUAGUGAAGAGGUUUAGUAAGUUUCUGAUAAGUUCUUGUUAAGUUUUACUCUCUUCUCCUACAUUAUAGGCUGAUUAUAGUUGUUAGUGUAGAUAUGUGAUUAGUUACUUUUUAAAUCGUCCCUGCAUUAUUCUCAUUUGUCUCUCCACAUUCAUGCCUGCCAUUUUUCUCUUUACAAAUAUUUGUGAAUUUUUUUAAAGCUAAAUCAGCUUUUUUGGUUGUUCGCUUUUUUAAUAAAAAUUUUAGUUGGUUAGAUGUAAAUCUAGUUGUUGAAUUCUUGUUAGAGCUUAUUUUCUGUGAAAAUAAGAUAACGAAUUUCGGGGAGUGUGGAAGAGGGUAAUAUAAUUUUUUAGUAUGAUUUUGUCUUGUAGUUAGGAAUAUUAGAUGGAGACUAGGUUUUAAAAGGAAAUACACUUUAUAUUCUUUACAAUUCACCCAUCGAUGCUGAGGUGAUGAGACGGUACCCAGGAACUUCCUACUGAAGGUUCACUGUGGGACAAUUUUUAUUAUUAAGUAUUUUCACAUAGUUUGGAAUUGACUGCUUAUGUUUUAAAAAUUCAAUUGGAAAUUUCGUCGGAAUAUUCACUCUGUUCAAAAAUGUAAAAUAUAUAGUGCCAAAGAAUGAGAUGUCAAAAGCGAAACAAGAAUUCCUCAAAUGAACCUUUUCUUUCUCCCAAGAUGAUUAGUAUAUUUUGUUCCACUGCCUUCGUCAAGUCAUAGCAUGAAUUCUUUGUUAUUAUCUCCUUUUAUUGUUUCAUGAAAACCCACCAAAUUUUCCAAAUCAGAAAUCAAAUGAAAUGCUAAUCUAGACAAGUGUUUCAAAUAUAUUUUCAGUACUUUAUUCAAAAGUGAAUUUAAUCGUAUUAUUUGUAUCAAACCGAGAUUGAGCGUGUCGCAAAUACAGUAAACAAUGACGACAUUGACAAAAGUCAAGCCCCAAUAUUUUAAAGUAAGAUUUAAAUAUAACUCUAAUAGUAAGCUGGAGAGUUAGACGAGCAGUCAGUUCACUUUUUGGGUAUCAAAAAUAUAUGUACAAUCUUUUUCAAGAAGAAAAAAUAAAUUUUAGGGAAACCGAAACCUCUGUGAAACAAUUUCAAAAAUAUUAAUGUAUAAAUAUAAUUAAUAAUACUUAAAAGUAAAAUUACGUUUAAGGAUAAUUUAUUUAGAAGGUAGACUUUAAAUAAAAAAUCUUUGAGAUAAUUAGUCACAAAGUGACAGGAGUUUUAUUAUAAAGUAUAUUAACUAUAAUUAUACUACUUCAGAUUACAAAUUAAAAUGGAAAAAAGAUAUAAAUAAACAAAGUGUAAACAGUUUAAAUUAAACACAGUAGCAAUGUCAGAGAAAGUAAACAGGCAAAUAUAAAAUAUUUCGAAACAAAACGGAUAACACACAAGCUCCGGCUUUUGCAGUGAAGCAGCAUCAAAUAUUAUAUUAUCGAAAAGUUCAUAAUGGAAAUUAUAUUAAAAAAAUUGAAUCUGCGAAAAAUAAACAAGGCCCACAAUUUUUUUCAAAUAAAUAGAACAGCAUGCAGUAAUUAUGUUAAUAGAAACAAACGAGAAUAUAGUUCACAAACAAGUAAUAACGAUUAAAAUUAAAUAAAGAUCACAUGAUUCUAUUCAAUUCAUAUAAAUAUAUAAGUAUUUUAAGGUGAAUGAAUCAAUAUACAUUACAAAGACAAGCGAUUCAACGAACAAUCAAAUUGUUCUACGAGUCAUUAACACAAUUUACUUAUAAUGCUAGUGAGUAAACAUAGAAAUUUUUGAAUGUACAUUGCAGUUUUCUUUCGGUUUUUAAUGAAAAUUUCAAAUUAUUCUUGAAAUUUGUCGUGCAUGAAGUAAUUCUGAGGCAAAGUAAGAAUGUGAUUACUAAAGCUUUCAAAAGUGUUUCUUGGUUUUACUUAAAAUUUUCCGUUGUUUCCCUCUUCAGGAGUAUUUUUAUAAAAUUCGAAGAGAGUAAAUAGAAUCGAUAUAGACAACUGUUGUUUACGAUAUUUAGAGUUGAAAUAAAUAUAUUGAACUUAACUUAUUUGGAAAACUGAACGGAAUAAAGAGCCACGAUGUAAUUUGUAAAUGUAAACUUUUAUUGUCUCAUGAAAGUAUAUUUUUCAUAGUGGUUUCAUCAUCAUCAUGUUAGGCUUUUUUUGGAAACUUAUGAAAAAAUUAAGAUGAUCAUUGUCAGAAACAUUUCUAUGGAUAAACCAUAAAUUGAUAUAUUUUUCCCGAUUUUUUUACUUCAUUUUAUGCACCAGUUCUCUAUAGUUCCCUUUUGACUUCUCUCUGGGUGAUUCGCUCAAUUCAAAUGAACUUUUCAAUUUAUUUGAAGCCAGUGCUGGGAUUUGGGGUUUUUAACGAUUCUUCCGACCAUGUCAUUAUCUGAAAAUUCAUUGGGCUCAGUUGUUUUUCAUAUUCGAGACCUAAUAAGUCUUCAAUUUCACAACUGAAACUGUGGUUACGUUCUUGGUACAGUUACAAAAAUCUGGAAAUAACAAGUCAGGAAACCGGAAUCUGGAAGCUUCAGGCAUGAAAGGUUUUAUGUUUCGUCAUAUGAGGAAUUUCGAGCGCAUGGCUAUUCCACAUAAUAGAGCUGCAUUAUGACUUAUUUUCUUCAUUGUCUUCUUCUCUUCAUCUCCUUACUUUCCGCCUGAUGGUCUACGAACCAUUUGUUCAUUAGUAAAAUGUUCAAAGCCAUGAUCAUUGGCAUUACAAUUAACCUACUCAACAAUGUUCCCUUCAUCAACGCCACUUUCCCCAAUAAAUUAAAUUAACUAGAUCACAGGCAGAAACUUUUUCUUCAUCUUUUUUAUCUGCAGGCUAUUCCAAAGUAUCUUCUACAUUUGCCAAAAAUUGACGAGACGUUGUUUGACCAUCAUCAACCCGUCUGAUGCAUUGAAACAAGGGUUCCUUGGCUCAUCUAUUCCAAAAAUGGCGCAUUAAGUUCUUCAUAUGUGCUCAAUUUUAUACAUGUAUGGUUGCUAUGCAUUGUAUGGCAUUACCCGCGAUGGAGUUGUUACCCUUCCUUAAUGUGUGACUUAUUAUUCUGAUCAACAUGUCAGCAUCUGGUCCGUAUGUCGAGCAAGUUCUUCAUUAGCUAUUUGCUAAGCCAGCACCCCCCGAUGACACGACAUAGAUUGAAUUAAUGAAAACUUGGAGGUUUUGAGUAAUACUGGUUGAUGCAAGUUACAUUAAUUUAUCUUCUUCCCGUCAGAGAAUUGUUUCAUUAAUUCGAAUUUCGCUUGAAUUGAUAAAGUUCCUUCUUCCUCAGUCGGUGUCCCGUUCAAAAGCGGGGUCGGCGCAACUUGAUCGUUGCAGCAUUUUGUUUUGUCGAAGGCCUGAUCUAGAUGCAACCGCGAGGCUUUUAAAUCACCAUCCAGCGUAUCAGGCCCCCGAUAUUUCGGCCGGCGUUUUGGUCUUUUCCCAUGGACUUCGAUGUUUCAAAGUAAAUUCUCGUUAACACGAAGUAUGCCUCUCGCUAUUUUUCGACCAUCAGUGCACGCCCACAUCGAUCGCGAAUAUUCUCAUUUCGGACGUGAUCAUCAUUGAUUGUGACUUAAAAUCACGAUAAAAUACAAUACAUAAAAUACAUACAAACAUAAAAGCACAAAAGCAAGAAUUAAGUUAACAAAACCUAAAAUAAUAUGAGUGAAAAAAUGAAAAUGCCCGGGAGGAGGGAUUUCUCUUUUCGCUGGCUGUUGAGUAGUAUAUAGCCCUCCUGACCUCUGAAGUGGUAGAGUGAGAACAGUAUGUAUCGACUACUAAGAGUUAGAACAAAUAAUAAGGGUGGAUAAUUGAGAAUUUACUGUAUAAAGUAAAAAGUCCUCGGACGCACUAAAGUUCGACCCUUCCCGACGGCUAUCAACAAAACAGUUGAUACUUGCACAGUAUCUGGUUCGUCCCGCAUGCUUAUGUGCGUGUGUUGAUCUCAACUGAGUUAUACAUCGCGUUUAAUUUUCGCGAUAUUACAUUUCUCCAUAAUUGCAUUUGCCACCAUCGCAUGCUGUUAUCAGGGCUUUGUAAAAUCUUUUUACAUUAACUAUGUGGGAUAGUUAAAUAGGAGUUUAGAAAUUUAGCAAAUGUAGUACUUAAAAAUGAAAGCGAAUGAAGAACAUGUCUACAAAUUGUGAUUGGGGAAGAUAGCUAGUGAUUGGCCAAAAGUUUCAGCCAUUGAAAAUUCAGGAUGAUGGACGAGCCCUUGAAAUUUCUGGUUAGUGUGCGGUAUGUGCUCUAAUAACGGCUUUGUACCGAGGCCCUGGCGUAUGCCAUCUUUCCAUCGGAGGUAGAGUCUCCGACAUCUCUUUUUUCAACUCUAUAUAACAGAGUUUGGUCAUCUAAAUCCCUACGGCCUGUUAAGCGAAAUUUUACCCACAGCCAAAUGGUAGUUAUGUCGCCAGGGCAGUAAACAGUAAAUUCGACUCGAGCGAAAAUUAUGCGGAAAACGGGGACCGGGGGGAAAACUAUACCGCCUGGGCUGAAAAUUAUGUGAGCUCCUUUAUUAUCUCUUUUUCUUUCAUUGAAAUUUCUUUUCCGAGCCCCUCGUCAGGCCUGGAUAUCGCUUAUUAAUUUCUUGGUUGCUACGGAGUUAUCCAUUCUUUUGGAGGGUGCCAAAAAUUCGUCAGUAGCGGAAAGCGGUUAAGAAUUUUCAAUUUCUUUUGCUAAGAGCCCUAGUCUUCGAGGAAUACAUGAGGACUUGGGAGACCAUGCACGGAUUUUGUUAUCGUAGCUGUUAUUGAUUCUGAUUUUCGUUCCUAGGUAGAAUAAAUUACCAACGGAUUAGAAUUUAUAGUCCCCUCUCUUUGUUAUUGCAGUGGACCAAUACUAUGGAUGCUAUUUUUGUUUUUGAUGCUGAAGUCUCCCCCGUGUAUUUCGUCUUCACUCUUCUUGGUGAAGACAGUUUGCUCAUCUCGGGGUGUUCUUCCCAUUAUGAUAAUAUUGUCAGCAUUGGCCAGCAUUUGGGUGGGUUUGAAGGGAAUGAUGCCAUUAGCACUCACUUCAACGUCGCGAGUCACUUUUUUAAGGUGAGGUUGAAAAGAAUGCAUCAUAUAGCAUUCCCUUAAAAGUGACCCAUGUUGAUGAUGAAAGAUUUCGAGGGUGAUCCCAAUACUUCUAUCUCGCCUCACACGUUAUCCAGCCUUGCUAAUUUUGUCGGGGUAUCGAAUUGUCUCAUUUUCAUGUAAAAUUUCACCAUGGUUAUGCUAUCAUAGGCGGCAUUGAAAUCAAUGGUGUAGCUGGUGACAACAUUCCAACCGUUUUCCAUUGAAUGCCUUACAGUGAACACCUGAUUUACUUCCGAUUUGCCUCUUUAGUAUGGGCCAAUGAUUUUCUGAGCAUAUAGAGCUAUCUGGCCUAGUCUGAUAGCGGUAAAUAUCUCAUAGUUAAUAAUCAGCUACGUGAUACUUCGGAUGUAAUUCCAUCAGCUUCAAAUGAUUUAUGGUUCUUAAGCCGAUAAAUUUAAUAAAAUACCGACCGUUUUUUCGUGCAUGGGGGUGGUAGCAUUAACUCGCUAACAUUCUGGUUGUUGGGAAAUUCAAAAGAAUAUUCAGCUCACCGCUCCAAUAUUUCCAUGCGACAAAAUCGGAUCAACCUACUAACUUUUUGGUAAAACUUGGUUUUGCAUGACUUUCUUUUUCUGUCUAUGAAAUUUCUUCUUCGUUCAACGGAGUUCGUGGUACUUGUGCCUACGUUUUUUAAGAUUGUCCAAUGCGCAGUAUUCUUCUAUUCCGCUUAAAAAACUGUACCAAUGAUAAGCAUCUUGUACACAGGUAGGUCAACCUCGUUAUUAUUCCAGAUUCGCCCUUCCGAACGUUAUUUUAUGGGGUCUAGUAUGGUAAAAUUUCUUGCCUCAAGCCGUAUACUGCUCAUGCUUCACUGCCAUGUAAAAACAUUGACAUGAGGAGAUAUUUCAGUGAUGUGGUUCCCUUUGCUAGUAAGUUCUCUCGCGCCCUCUGUCAUUAAAGCUGAAAUGAAGUCACCAACGUUAAAGUAAAACAUCGUCAGUCACGAUGUUUCUAGCGAAAAGGUUAAAGAAUCGAAACGCAACACUAUCUCCGUCGCUAGUAGUAGUUUUUAUUUUGCAAUUACCAAGAAUUUCGAAAGCAGCUUGUUCCCUUCUUCAUCUUAAUUCACGGCUUGCCUAGUUGGUGCCGUGUUUGGAUCAUAAAUUUGAUCUUAUUUUCUAAGUUUCUUAAAGCUAUAAAUUUGCUUUCUGAUUGUAUGCAAAUAAUUCUUUUGCUUCUAGUAUAUUCUGUUACAUUAUCAACACAUGGUAAUCUUUGAAAAUCGGGUGGUGUGCGACCUAUGGCAUAUUUCAGAAGUACAUAGACACAGCAUUAAGACAAAGGAUUACACCCCCUUACUUUAAAUCUGAUUAAAGGUGAACAUAAUCAGGUCUUCUGUUUAAUAAUUUGAUCUGGGAUUCCAUAGCCAUCAUUGUUAUAAUAUUUCAGUCAUUUGUCCAUUUUCAAAGUAGCUGGUUUAUCAACUCGUUUUUAUUGCUUCUCUGAGAUGAGUCACGCCAAUUGCUUCGAAGCUUUCAAGAUUUUUCUUCAUAAGGUUAGCCCGGGUGGAGUUGAGAGGCUCUUAAAUCAUUGACUAGCAGGACAUGUAAUCGUCACUUUGUGUCCUUUGCCAUCGAUUUGGUUCAUUUUAGCCACCAAGUUGUCAUCAGUGUGGAUAACACCGUACCGUCGAAGGCGCUAUCUCACAACUUCUUAACGAUAGUUACGAUACUACAAUAAUGCCAUUUAAGGCGUCCAUUGAUACGGCGAUCGCAAGGUACAUAACUUGCAGAACAACCCUUUUUCCAGAUUACGAUGAGAGUACUGAUCCCGAUUUUGGGCAGGUCGCUGCUACUAACAGUGAUUAGGCCGAUCCGGUCGUCAAAAGAUCUUUUUACAUUAAAUUCGAUUCAAUGUCUGUCUGUCUGUCUGUCACACGCACUUCUCUCCAAAACGGCUAAACCGAUCCGAAUAAAAUUUGGUGGACAGAUGGGAACUACGAAAUCCCACGCAUACAG